CAAGGUGGCGGCCCGCGGCCACGCCUGCGCUCUCGGCUCGCCUCCCCUAGGCUCGGCGGGGCGGGGGUGGGGGGCGCGACGCCGGCUGCUGUGCGCCGGUUGUCUUUCACCGUGGUGGCUGUCGCCGCGGCUCCCUGUCGCGCGCCAUGCUUCUCCUCUGCUGGUGGCAAGUGCUGCUGUGGGUGCUGGGCCUUCCGGCCCGCGGCCUGGAGGUUUCAGAGGACGGUGGUCACACGUUGCAGGAGGAGCGGCCUGUCCCGGCUUUCCAGGUUGGAGCUGUGUAUCUGCAUGAAGAGGAGGCUGCUCAGGGCCGUCGGGACCAGGCAAGAGUAGCGGAGCCCACGGAGGCCUCUCUAGGUCCCCAUGGAGAGCCCAUGGUGGUGCUGUCGGUGAUUCCUGGGGCAGCUGAGGACCAAAGGACCACCGAGGCCCAUGAUGGCACUUGCAGUGUACAGGGAGAGGAGGACCCGCACUGUGGCCAAGAGAACCUCUUCAGGCUGCAGGGUUCAGGCGGCUUCCCGGAUCGGGAAGAAGAGUACUAUGCUGAGCCUGGAGUAGCUGAGGCGGAGCCCGUAGCCGCGGAGGAUGCCAACAGCACCGACAGCCUCACGUCCCCCAAGGUGAACUGUGAGGAGAGGAAUGUGACUGGGCUAGAAAACUUCACCCUGAAGAUUUUAAAUAUGUCCCAGGACCUCAUGGAUUUCCUAAACCCCAAUGGCAGUGACUGUACGCUGGUCCUCUUCUAUACCCCGUGGUGCCGGUUUUCUGCCAGCCUGGCUCCUCAUUUUAACUCCCUGCCUCGGGCGUUUCCAACACUCAGCUUCUUGGCUCUGGAUGCGUCUCAGCACAGCAGCCUUUCCACCAGAUUUGGCACUGUUGCCGUCCCUAACAUUUUGUUAUUUCAAGGAGCUAAGCCAAUGGCGAGGUUUAAUCAUACGGAUCGAACUCUGGAAACGCUGAAAAUCUUCAUCUUCAAUCAGACAGGUAUAGAAGCCAGGAAGAAUGUGGUGGUAACGCAAGCUGACCAAAUGGGUCCCCUCCCCAGCACCUUGAUAAAGACUGUGGAUUGGUUGCUCGUGUUUUCCUUGUUCUUUUUAAUUAGCUUCAUUAUGUAUGCUACCAUCCGCACUGACAGUAUCCGGUGGCUGAUUCCAGGACAAGAGCAGGAACAUGCAGAGUAGAGACGGAACUGGACCGCAACCUUAGGUUGGGGACUCAGCAUUUCAGUUGCUAACGUGUGGACUUGCAUUGGAAGUCAGAUUCCAGAAUCAUGUUCUUGUUGAACUACUGACAGGCUGAAAAGACUUCAUAGAAAUGUUUUUACCAUGACGAUUGGCAGGUACAAAGUGUCCACUAGAAUCAACUGUUCUUGUUUUUAAUACUUGAACAUAAUGAAUUUCUCUUCUAGUGUCAUUAAACAGGAAAGUGUUGUCUGAGAAGAGGAGCUAAGACGGGGAGUGUGGGCCUACCACAGGACCAGGUGAAAAAUAAAGUCACUGAAAGAAUUCAAAA